AUGUCUUCGUCGACUGAUUACAUCGUUCAAGUACUCAAUGAAAUAACAAAAUAUCUUUAUCGAUGUGUUGCGCCUAUUCUCUACAUUAUAGGUACUAUUGGAAUUCUUUUAACUAUUUCCAUUUUUCUUAAAAAGACAUGUCUACUUGCAAAUAUUUUAAAUAUAGGCUUCGAUAUUAAUGCAUAUGAUUCUAGUGUGGCGUUAUGUAAACUUUUGUAUUAUGUAUCAUAUACUUUUACUAAACUUCCGCCAACCGCUCUAAUUCUUGCAUCUAUUGAUCGUUUGUUACUUUCAUCACAAAAUGUUAAUAUACGCUUGUAUAGUUCGAAACGUUUAGCUUAUUUUUCCCUAAGUAUUACUACAGCUUUUUGGGUGAUUUUUUAUAUUCAUACCCUCAUUGAAGUUAAUAUUGUUCAACUCUACCCUUCUGUAUUUAUAUGUUAUUAUGCUAGUUCUGAAUUCUAUCCUGAGUUUAUGACUGUAUUUUCAUUAGUAGUCAAUAUUAGUUUUUCUGUUACAUUGGUUAUUUUAUCUCUAAUGGCGUUUAAAAAUGCUCGUCAACUUCGAUCUAUUCCACGUCAACAACGUCAUCAAUUUCGGACAAUGAAUAAAAAAGACUUUCAGUUACUUCGUUGUCUUUAUGCUCUUGAUAUUGUAUAUAUCAGUUUAACUCUAUUUGCAGCGAUAUCUAGUGUUUAUCAAGCAUCUACACAAGAUGAAAUCCAUACACCAUUACGCUCAGCUAUUGAAAAUUUUCUUGGUGGAAUAGCAGCUUUCAGUUAUCAUAUCCCUUUUUGCAUAAGUUUCUUUGUCUUUCUAUGUGCAUCAAAAGCUUUUCGUCAAGAAAUCAAACACAUAAUGUAUAAGAUCUGUGGUAAAGAUCAAAUGGGAAUGCAUGAACAAGGAAAUGCACAAUUACAUGAUAGAAGAGACAAUAAAGACUUAAAUAUUGUAAUAAAUGUUGUUAGUACUGUUUAA